CAAGAGAGUGUUUAAAACGACGCCGUCUUAAUAAUGUCAGCUGCUGCACUUACAGCAGCACCUGCAGGACCUCUGGAUCCAUGUCACAACCCCCACCUAAACCCACUCAUUCUACAGCGUGAGUUGAUCAUAAUGAUGAUAUGGUCUAUGACGUACGUUUUGGGCGAUACAAAACGACAUCCGAAGCGUCAAGCUUUUAAAGACGUUCAUCUCUUUAGUUCAUACAUCUGACCAUUGAAUCAUCAGCUCUCUCAAACGAGUUCUGCCAAGAGUCGUCAACCCUCGGACUCCUUAUGGAAAUUCAGCAAAUUCAUCAGACCUCCGCAAACAUGGCGCCGUCUGUUUUCCAGCUCAGUGGCACCUGCAAUAACUACCCCUGGGGCAAACAGGGCAAGGCAUCCCUGGCCGCCCAAUUGUGCGCCCAAACUCCUGGCACCGACUUCAAGCUGGACGAGUCGGCCGUCUACUCGGAAAUGUGGUUCGGCGAUUACCCCGACUUCCCUGCGCGUGUGCUCUCGAGUGGCGAGCUGCUCUCCGACGUGCUGAAAACCGACAAGGAGCAGCUUCUAGGCAAGAAGGUGCUGCAGUACUAUGAUGGGCAGCUCCCAUUCCUGCCCAAAAUCCUGUCCAUCUCCAAAGCCCUACCACUGCAGCUGCACCCCAACAAGGCACUCGCCACUAAGUUGCACGAGGAAGAUCCUGGAAAUUUCACGGAUCCCAAUCACAAGCCCGAGAUCGCGGUGGCACUGGGCAAAUUUGAAGUGUUUGCCGGGUUCAAACCGCUGGGCGAGAUUCAGUCGCUGUUUGCGCUGCAGCCUCUGAAACGGUUUGAUCCCAGUCCGGGGAAAUGGGAUGACGAGACACUGCGCAAUGUCACGAGAGAGCUGAUGAAGGCAGAGUUUUCGACAGUCAAGGAGGUGCAGACGCAGCUGUCCCAGCUUUCCAGAUCAGAUCUCCCAUCCGAAGCGGGAUAUAUCUUGAACCUCCUGCCACGACUCCAAGAUCAGUACGGACCUGAAGAUGCCGGCAGCCUCGUCACCCUGUUAUGCAUGAACUACAUGGUCUUCCAGGCCGGUGACGCCAUCUACAUUCCCGCCGACGGCAUCCACGCCUACCUGUCGGGCGACAUCGUCGAGUGUAUGGCGCGGUCCAACAAUGUCCUGAACACGGGAUUCUGCCCACCCGCCGACCGAAACAGCAUCGACCUCUUCGCCAACGUACUCACCUUCAAGACCCACAGCAGGGAUGACGUGUACCUCCCCAGCCAGACGUACGACAAGAGCAAGAACGGAAAGACGGUCGUGUACAAGCCACCCAUGAGCGAGUUUGACAUGCUCAAGGCUGAUUUGGGAAAGGGAGAGACGGAAGAGUUGACGGCCAACGAGGGUCCAGGCGUGUUGAUUGUAACGAACGGGGAAGGAAUUAUGAAGGCACAGGGAGAGGAAUUUGAGAUGAAGAAAGGUUACAUAUUCUAUGUAGCGCCUGGGGUAAACUUGCGGUGGGAGAGCAAACAGGCCUUGCAGAUACACAUGGCUGUGAUAUAGAGGCCUAUCAAUGCGAGGUUUUAGCCUUUGGCAGGCUGCGCACUACACCGCGAUACACGUAUGGAUUCAUGUAGUACCUACGCGUGAAUUAUAUUUUCACUCACGGAAUAGUAGACCAGGUUGUGAUAAGUUGUACAAGAGACCCACAACUGUAGAAGCAGUCCG